GAGGUGUGGUGUGAGAGGUGGAUGGAGGAAGGGUGGGUGGUGCUGAAAUUUCUCUCUUUUCGGAUGAAGUCGGGGUAGAUAAUUUGUUGGGUUUCGUGUACGGGCAGGGAAACGGUAAGAAUGUAGGCGCUGCUAGGCUCGCCUGCCGUGUUUCGGGCUUUCGGACUGUCCAGAAGCUCCUCAUGAGAAAUAAGUUGCGGUUGUGUUUAUCGACAAGUAUUAGCUAUCUAUCUCACUGUAAACUGCAUAAAAAUGGAUAGUGAGGUACAGAGGGAUGGGAGAAUCCUAGAUUUGAUUGAUGAUGCAUGGAGAGAAGAUAAGUUACCAUAUGAAGAUGUGGCAAUACCCUUGAAUGAACUUCCAGAACCAGAACAAGACAAUGGUGGAGCAACAGAAUCAGUAAAAGAACAAGAAAUGAAAUGGACUGAUCUGGCUUUGCAGUAUCUUCAUGAGAAUAUUCCUCCAAUUGGAAAUUAAUAUCUCUGUACAGAUUAGCAUAAUAACUACUUUAUUCAGAUGAAUAUCUUGUCAGUUUUGGAUUGCAGUCUUUUGUCAUAUUAGUCUUGUUUUGAUAAAUAAUUGUUUCAAUGAAAACAGUUGCUUAAAAUGCACUAAGGGCUUUCUGUAGUCUGUGGGACAUUUCUUACACUUCUCCAAGUGCUAAAAAUUUUCCUUGAACUUUCCAGCAGAGGUCGCAAAAGUACAACUGUUUCCUUGAGUAUGGAUCGGUCUUUAAUCAUCUUGUAAUACAUUGCAAAAAUUCUAUAUGUUUGCGGCUCUUGGUUUCAAUAAAUUCUUAUUCCUAGUAAA